AUGAGUGAACAACGUCAAAAUUAUCCCUCCAUCGUCCAACUAGCAGGUAAAAAUGGACCUUUGGCACAAAUAUGGCUUGCUUCAACUUUAACCAACUUGAACAGGUCUUAUUUGAAAACUAAUAUUUUGCAGUCAGUCGAGGAAAUCUCUAAAGUAACAAGCGGAGACUAUGAAAGCGACGCGCUAGAACCAGUCACAUUACGCGUUUCAGGAGAACUACUCCAUGGUGUUGUAAGAGUAUAUUCGCAAAAGGCUAACUACCUACUAUCCGAUAUAUCUGAUUUAUUGCAAAAGAUAAACUCCCUAUUUAGGGGGAAUAUACAGAGAGGUUCCACCGUGAAUAUCGACACAGUUCUCAGGAUUGAUCAAUUGAUUCUUCAAGAUACCGUCACCGAAAUGGAUGUUUUGGCAGUACCAGCAUUAGAAUUGGAUGAUAAUGAGACCCAUCCGAAUUUGUUAGAACGUGGACAUUCUAUGGAUAGGCAAGUGCAGGGAGCUAAUGCAAUGGGGAAGACGGCUCCUUGGGAUUUAUCUUUGGAAGUUGGUAGACGGUUUGCCCCUGACGAUGACCUUGGGCAGCAGAGCUCUAUAUUGGACCUUAAUUUUGAGUUAAGUGGGGACAAUUCGAAAUCAUGGGGUGAGGGCACCCACAAUUCAGAAUUCAAUAAUGAAAACUCAGGAACGCCACAAUCUGAUCAUAAUGAGACUGUUGGUAAUCUGCCUGACGAUCUUCCUGAUGAUAAUAUGGAUUGGGAUUUGGGUGUCGUUCAACAAGACCACGAAGACUCUGAAUCGGGCUCUGAACAUGACAGUAUAGAAGUAGGAAGAAAAAUGUCAAAUAAUUCGAUUUUACAUGAAACGGCUGAGUUCGGUUUUGACCUCGAGGUUUCCAAAGAUCCCUUUCAAGAUGCGAUUGAAGAACAGGAAGAGGCUUUGAGUGCCCAUGGACCCGUCAAAGCCACACCAAAACGUAGCAAAAAUACCAACUUGAUCAACGUUAAGAGGAUUCAUGUGGACUCAGAAUACGAACUUAAAGAUUCGGUGGUAAAAGGAGGACCUUCUGCCGAAAUAAUAUCAGAUGAUACACUUGAACGUUCUAUUGAACCAAAUAAGAAGAGAAAGUGGUCUGAGCUGGCUUCAGCAAUAGAUUUUCUACCUAAUUAUUCAGUUAAUCACUUUUCACCAUUGAGUGUAUAUUUCAAGAAGGCAAAGCAUUUCGAAACUCCAAAUGCUGACCAUGAAGAGGAAUUUGUUCUUGAUGAUCAUAUUGAUAUGUCUUUAGGACUGGAUGAAACAUUGUUUGAUAAUUCUUCAAUACAUGCUGGAACAGAAGAGGAAAUUCCUCCUGCAGAUCAGUCUGGCAUUGAGGGGCAUCCAUCUAUCCCAUCCAGUGCAGCCACGGAACAACCUGAUAUGCAUGAAUUCUCUCAUAUAUCGGAAAGCGAAAUCACACAAAUAAAGCCCACUCAAGAAGUUCGGCUAGAUACAGGCGAGCUUGUCUCUAAAUCUACAGUUGAGAUGGCAAACGCCGUAAGGACAACAUUCAUAAAUAAACAACAAGCCACUUUUGACGAGCUUUUAAAAACCAGGUACAGUUCAAAUUUGACUGAUCUUACCAAAAGCGAAGUUAGUAAAGCGUUUUUCGAACUGUUAGUAUUAGCUACAGCUGAGUGUAUUGAUAUCAGUCAGCAGCAGACUUUUGGGGAAAUAACGGUUAAUAGCAACGGACAGUUGUACGAGAAAUUCAUAGAAGCUUAA